AGAUAACAUAUUUUUCUCACAGUGGAUGACAACAUUUCUGCAAGUUUAUUUAAGCUUGUGUACCUUUUUUUUUUCUAUGUUGUUGAAUUGAUUUUUGUGACUAGCCCCAAAGCCGUGUCCCAACAUAUUUGUCUGGGGGGGAGGGCGAAUCAUUUCUAGAGACGUCAGAAGCAACCAUUUUCAUUUUGGAACGAUCUCUGAACUGCAAAGAUGUUUUUCAAACUUUCUUCAGAGCCUGUAAAUAAACACGUUUCUUGAAAACGUGGUUAACUUUUCCAAGGCAGGCAUUGAAAAGGCAUUACAGGAGCUCAACAACCUCACAACGAGCACCAAACCUUUUCCUUAAAAGACAGACGAUUCGAUGGACUAAGACCACGUAAUGGACGUGGUAUUGAUAGUUUUAUACAGCAUCAUUAUUAGUCUGGGAGUAACUGGAAACAGCAUAGUGAUCUGGAUGACCGGGUGCAAGCUGAAGAAGAAUGUGACCAACGUCUGGCUUCUCAACCUGGCUGUGGCCGACCUGGUCUUCUGCUUCACCCGAGUCACCUCUUUGCUCAGCCUCUUCUACACCUACUGGCCCUUUGGAGAGUUCCUGUGCAAGCUCAAUGGCUUCUUCACGUACAUGAACAUGUUCUGUAGCGUCUUCCAUCUGUCCGUCAUCAGCCUUGACCGCUGCUUUUCCGUGGCCUUCCCUAUCCGGAUGAGGCAGUGGCGCACUGUCCAGAUGGCUUCCAUUGCCAGCGCAGGAGUUUGGGUGCUGGCCACGGCCUUUAGCCUGCCGUACUUCUUAUUCCGACAGGUCUCUAUGGAUCCAGGACAUGGGAAUCUUUCCCGGUGCUCCUUCAGUGUUCCUGGAAGUGACGGUGGAUACCAGUCUAAGGCCCUCUACAUCGUGAGGUUCCUUUUUGGUUUCUUGGUCCCCUUUUUAAUCAUUGCCACUUGUUAUGCCAUCAUGGCUUGCAAGUUGAGGCAGACACGAGUGCCCAAAAAGUCCUUCAAGAUCAUUGCUGUCUUGGUGGCUGCCUUUUUCUUCUGUUGGGCGCCCUACCAUGUCUUUUUGUUGGCCAAGAUGGUCAGUAAGACAUCUUUGGCGGUGAAGGUUGCUCUUCCUUUGUUCAAAGGCCUGGCUUACUUCAAUAGCUGCAUCAACCCCAUCCUUUAUUUCAUCAUGGCCCUGGAUUUGAAGAAGAGGUUCAAUCAAACACUGUCUUCGGUGUGCCUAAGGGUUUUCAGUGAGGAAUUGGAUUAUUUCAGCUAUUAUCGGGCAAGAAGGAGAGACGACAGAUGCACUAUGGCAAACACAGUGCAGGUUGCUGUGUUGUAAAAAUACUCUAAACUCAAGACAUUAGUGGCCUCUGGACAAAUUAGUUCAGAUACUGUGACGUUUUUAGUGUUCAUAUGUUUUUUUUUACAUAUCUAAGAAGGUCGUUAUAUAUUAAGGAAGGUUUAUGUGAAAAGUUUGUCUACCUUAGACUGCAUUGAGUGUUUUUGAAAUGUACGUUAUCAUAUAUUAUCUAUAUUAUUGUAUAUAGAUUUAGUGUUUCAUGUUUUUUUUUUUACCAUUACUGUCAUAUGUGGAUUAUAUUUAAAUACAGCAGGAGAAGCAUUUGAUUUUAAUGUACUUCCAUAUUUGUAGACUUACUAAAUAAAGCAAUGCCUUUA